CGGAGUGUCGUCAUGGGCUGCUUCUCCUCCUGCUUCUCCCUCUCCCCGGCCACCAACUCCGGCACCUUCCGCUGCGUUCGCGUCGUCCACCUCAACGGCUUCGUUGAGGACUUCACCGGUCCCGUCGCCGUCCGGGAGGUCGCCAGCCUCGAGUCGAAGCAGUUCGUCUGUUCGCCGGCACAGUUGAGGUUGUUCGAUCCGCACCCACUUGGGCAGGACGCCGUUCUCCAGCCAGGUCAGCUUUAUUUCUUGUUGCCUCUCUCCGCCUUCCAGUCCGAUACCUCCCCCGUGAACCUCGCCGCCAUCGUGGCCCGUCUCACCGCCGCGGCCAACCAGGCCACCAGCAGCUCCGGGUCGGCACACGUCACGUGCUUCUCAAGCAUAUGGAACCGGAACCGGUCAUGCACGAGCAUCAACCAGCAAGAAACCGACUCGGUUCAGGCGCGGUUCUCGAGUCUGUGGGGCCAGACCGGUGAUUAUUCAAGAAUCAAUCAAUUGCCAAGCGAUUCGGCGAGUUCAGAUCCGGUUCUCACUAGUAUCGGCUCGAAGGCGCACACGUGGAAGCCGGUCCUUGAGACGAUAGACGAGGGGUCGUUCAGGCUGCUCGAGCCGUAAGCGGUGUGAGUCGAUGCCCAAAACUCUUCGCUGCAUUUGGCGUGUGCAUUCAAUUACCGUUACGUUUGGAGGCCCCACGGAUGAGUUUAUGCCGAGACGAGACAAGUGGACUCGGGUUGCCUUUUGACAAUUUGGUUGAGAGUGACCGCUACGACAAAAGAACCGAACCAUGAAUCAGCCGUACCGCCACCAGGGGAUCGGCUUUUAGCCCGCGGGCUGAUAUUAACGUGCAACCCACAAAUGGGACUCGGGGAACCCAAUGGUGCUUCAUUGACCUAAAAUGAUGGCAACUUGCAAGGGCACCCAACGAGUUGGUUUUCUGGAAAAGUCCCCAAAAAUGGUGAAUUGUAUGACUCACAACGUGACGCCCUAUUUACAUAAUAAAACAUGUUUUUAAGAAAUAUUCUGCACUUUUUUUUUUUUUUUU